ACCGGGCCCGGCUUGGUUCAUGGCUGGUGUUGUGUAUCUUCCCCUUCUGUAAGAAUCGGAGGGAGGAGAGGAGAGAGAAGCAACAAGCAAAGCCAUGGCUUCUUCUUCAAACUUGUCAUCGUUUCUUCUAUUUCUUCUCUCUCUGUUCUCCUUAUCUACCGAUCUCGCAUUAGGGCAUGAAUCAAGUAGAGGAAGAAGAGAAGAAGAAGAAGUAGGAAUCAGAGGGCGUCGAGUUCUGAUGGGUUUCAAGGAAACCCCUUCUGGUGGAAACGUCACUUUCGAUUGCUCUCCUUCUGGACCCUGUGUUGCCUGCGUUUACUCCGAAAAGAAUGAUGAAAAAUAUCGCUGCAGUGAAACUGGUUAUCGUAUUCCUUUGAAAUGUGUGAAAAUUGAAGCUGGUACAAAUCAAGUAAACAGCAAAAAAGCUCAGCCAAAUCGGUCCACUCUUGAAAACAAUAGUGCCAAAGAAAAACUACAUGUGAUGUUGCACAAUGCAGAAGAGUCAUAUACUUCAAUAAGACAGAGAAGCUUACUUGCUGAUUCAUCCACAUCAGUGGGUGGGUCACAACCUUAUAUUACUUACAGAAGCUGUAUACCACCGAUUAACGAAGAGAAGCUGUCAGUAAUUGGUUUCGAGGGCAUUAUUUUGGGUCUUUUGUUGAUAAGCAGUUCACUUAUAUACUUCAGGCGAAAACAGAGCAGUGUUGCGGCAGGAGUUGGAGCUAUGAGAAUUCCAACAAACUCUAGGUUUUAACUCUUUUUUUUUUUUUCCUCUAGUAUUUGAAGCUUAGUCCCAACUGAUUGGCAGUAUUGAUGACAGUGAAUUGUUAGAGUGUAUUGAUGACCACGUGUAUUCUGCCUGCAGUUUGGUUCAUUCCUUUGUUCUCUUUCUUUUACAUAGAAAUGUUUCUUCUUUCGUUUUAAAUUUGUAGUUUCUGUUACUCUUUCUUAUCAUUAUUCAUUAACUUUUAACA